AUUUUGAAAAAAAAAGGAGCGAUGGACAGGUGUAACUAUUCAGAAGUUCCAAAUGUACUAGACAAUAGUAAUAGUAAAAGUGACAAAAAAACAAAUAAAGAAUGGAAACCGUUUCUGAAACAGUUACUAAUCUGCAGCGGAGUAUGGACGUCAGUGUUCCUGUACGGGCUGUGCGUGGGCGCACCCACCAUGUUCAUCCCGCAGAUCCGACGCGAGGCGAACGACACCAGCGUCAUCACUGAUGACAUGGCUUCUUGGCUCACGUCUGUGUAUGGCUUCAGUGGAUUCCCCUUCGUGCUUAUCCUCUCCAUGCUGACAAGAUUCAUCGGCAGGAAGAUUCCUUUCAUCAUUGCAGUAUUAGAUACAUUUGCAGCAUUCACUGUUUUGUACUACAGUACUAACAUCACCCAUUUAUUGAUAAGUGAAAUUAUGCAAGGAUUAUUCUCAGCUUCACACAUUGUUAUUACCGUCAUGAUCUUAACUGAGUACGUCUCACCAAGGUAUAGAGGCAUAUUUCUAACAGUUAAAACUGCUACGUUUUACUGGGGUAUUUGGGCGUCAAACGCUAUUGGGACUUUCUUCCAUUGGAAGAAAAUUCCACUGUUCGGAAUGGUAUGUUCUCUGUAUACCUUGAUUACUGUUAUGACUUGGCCUGAAUCUCCUUACUGGUUGGCAAGUAGAGGAAGGUUUGAGGAGUGUGCAGCUUCCCACCGCUCAUUGAAAGGAUGUGAUGAAGAAUCAGAGAAGGAAUUAGAAGCAUUGAUUACUUCUCAAAAAGAAUAUAUUGCUAGCUGUAGUAAAACUAAGUUAACAUUAAAAGAACGAUUGGUAGAUGUCAUUAAAACGAUGAAUUGUAAAGAAUUUUACAAACCAACAGCUUUAUCUCUUACAACAGGCUGUUUGGGUGUCCUCUGUGGUAAAUUAGUGUUUGCUGUGUAUGCCAUAGAUAUUUUAAAGAAAAUAACUAACAGUGAAUCGACAGCUUACAUAGCCAUGUUGAUAUUAGAUGGCUUUACAGUUUUGAGUAUGUACGGAGGAUGUUUUUUAGCUAAAUAUAUGAAAAGACGAACAUUGCUAUUAGUAGCUUCCAGUAUGGGUGUGUUAUUUUUAUUCAUUUUAUCAUUGUACUUGUAUUUAAUUCGUUUGAAUCUUAUUGUGGAAAAUGUUUAUGUUUCAAUAUCGUUACUUGUAGCAUUUUCAAUAGCUGUAAGUUGUGGACCAAUGACAAUGUCUAUAUCAGUUUAUGGUGAAUUAAUUCCAGUUAGAUCAAGAAACUUGUCUGUCUGUCUAGUAGCGUUGGGUGGUAAGUUAUUAAUUGGUUUUACUUUAAAACUAUCUCCAACAUUAUUCAAGACUUUCGGUUUACACGGUGCGUUUUUGACCUUUGGUUUAUUAUCAUUAUUUAUUAUCGUUCUUUUGUACAAAUAUUUACCGGAGACGAAAGACAAAACAUUGCAAGAAAUAGCAGAUAGUAUGAUAAGACCGAAAUCUAAAAAAACUGAAGUACGAGUUACAUCCAAGUUAUUAACCUCAUAGAUAAGUUACUACAGUUAAAUACAUAUUAUAAACAAAUAUUUCAUAAUAUUUUACUCCAGAAUCUCUUGUUUAUGCUUGCCAAAAUAUUUUUUGCACUCGCAUUUUUCAUCGAACCUUGAGAUCAGUCACUCUUUUAUGACUCGCUUUUAAAGAGGCUUUAAAAAUACAUAAUGUGGAAUCGAUUGCCGAAAACAUGUAGGAUUGUAGGUCACGGAGAUAAAAGUAAAGGAUAACGUCAAUUGAAUGAGUAGAAAAUUAUGUCAGGCUAACUUGUUUGUAUUUCCUGUUUUAAAAUAAUUUGCAAUGUUUUUUGAUAAACUGGCAAAAAGAACAUUGAAUACUGGCUACUGAUUUUUAUUUUUACAUGACAUGUGCAUUUUAAAGUAAGUAAUGGUUAAAGAGCAUAUUUAAUAAGAACUUGUUUUUUGUUUCAUAUAAAUUGGUACCACUUCCAAGUAGUUAUGAAAAAACUGUAUGUACUAAACUGUGAAUUAUUGUUAGAUAAACAAUAUACGAGAAUAUUUUAUUCACCA